AACUGUCACGAUGACAGUGAAUAGUUUGGCAACUGUCGAACGUCUCUGCUUGAACCGGUAAAUUGGAUUUAGGAAAAUUGUGGACAUUCGCUUGUUCUCGUUGAAAAGUAAGAACAGGAGAUUACUGGUUCCGAAAGAAUUGCAACUGCGCCAUUAGCUCCGGCCGCUUUUAUGAUCCUGCUGUCUAAAUGUCUCAACUAUUCGCUCGAGUUGUCCGUCAAGCUAUCGCCACGUUCGACAGGAAGAAUGUAGCGUCCUUUAAUAAGAAUUUUAGUGUUCUCAAGCAACUAGUCGACCAACUAACCCCUUGUGAUAUCAACCUGAAUAUGGACCUGACCACUGACGAGGCUUUCAGCCGUGUCGGCAAAGCACCAGUAACCUACGUAAACCUGAUGGAAGACGAGGAGUUCGAGUUCAGUGUGUUUAUCCUCCGUUCUGGGUUCACUAUGCCGCUCCACGAUCAUCCUGUUAUGCAUGGCAUCUUGAAAGUAAUGAGCGGCAGCGCGAUGAUUGAAUCGUUCACAAAAGAAGAGGCUACAGGCUCUGCUGGGCAGCAGUUACUUUACGACCCGGACGCUGUUCGCAUUGAAGUCGUUCAGGACGAACCGAGGCUCUGUACAAAUAAUGACGAAAGCGUAGUAUUAACGCCGACCAAAAGGAAUUACCACGAAAUCACGGCGGUUGGGGGUGUCGCCGCAUUUUUCGAUAUACUCAGCCCUCCGUACGAUAGCAACAUCCCCUUUUAUGGUCGUCGGAAGUGCAGUUAUUACAGGGUGAUUCCCAGGAAUGGUGAAUCAGGGAAGCGGACCCUAGAACGGAUACCGCCGCCGCGGGACUUCUACUGCGAUAGGGGAAAUUACGAGCCGCCUGAUUUCCUGCGGGCAUAGCCCAGUGCAUUUAUAUAUCAUACUCAAGGACGUAUGUUUGCUGUCUGAACAACUUUUUUUCUAAGCUAAGCUUCAAUGUUGGUCAAGAGGUCUAACUUCCUUUUUUUGUUCAGUCUUAUUAGUAUUAAAGGUAAAAUCCAGAUGUUUUUAAUAUAUUUACACACACAUCACUUUAAAUAAAUUAUUCGAAUCAAAUUUAAUUUGAAA